AAUCUCCAGAAUAAAGGCAGAAGUGGUGGUGGUGGUGUGGUGCUAUCGGCGGUGACCGUCAUGUGUUUGCUAUAGAAAAAGGCUGCCCUGUCACAUAUUUUUCGCUCCAUCUGCAGGUGGCCAGGCAACAUUUCCUAACCCGGAAAGAGAAUAACGAGGUCGUCAUGGGAGGUAAAGUUAGUGGCAAGAUGGCUGCCGCCGGACGGGUCGUUCAGGCCGUGAGACCACAUGCGCCUUUAAUAAAGUUUCCCAAUCGAAAAGGCCAGCCAAGACCAAACGUAGCAGAAGCUCUGAAAAUGGUACUAGCCAGUCCUCCCACCGCAGCAGCAGCUUCUCCCAGCAUGGCAGCAUCGCCACCGCCACCAGUCCUACCACCGCCGAGACCGCCACCCGGACCGGUCAGCCGGCUACCCGGAGUCCCAGACACUAUCGCUACCGUUAGAGAUUUACCACAGAGGUAUCGCCGGAGGGUGCUUGCAGACGAAGAGAUGGAAUUCAUUCAGCGUGGCGGACCAGAGUGACUGCAACUAUCAGCAAUAUCUACCAGAGUCCUUAUUUGUUCUUUUUUUUUUUUUUUCCUCCGUUCUUCAGUUAUUGCCUAAUUUACUCCUCCACACGAUGAGGACUUUGCUGCCAUGUUUCAUCUUACCAAAUACAUACAAAAGAACAUUUAAUUUAAUUUUUAUUUUGUGAAAAAUGUACAUAAAGAUAUUUUUAAAGAUGUAGAUAUUUUACUGGAUGAUUUUGAAUUGUUGGUUCAUGGACUGUGUUCUUGCACCGGAAAUCUUAACCCAAGAGGAGGUUGAGUGUCUUGAAAAGUGUACUGGUGACAGUCCUACUUGAGAAAACAAGCUCUGGGAAGUGUCCAGUUUCUCUCACAAUAAGUACAUCUUGCAUCACCACACUCAGUCCAAAGCUGCUUUCGUUUGAAAUUGCACUUAAUGCUACCGUAAUCAUUACUCCCUCCCAGUUGAUCUCGACAAUGCCAGUCAGUCCACACACCAUCAUAUUUCACAGACAGGCAAGACGUCUAGUCUGUACAGUGAACAGUCCUGCUGCUUCUGUGGAGUGACGUUGGACACAGUGGGAUACAGGCGGUCUUCACUACUAUUAAAAGUAUUUAAUAUGA